AUGGAGCUGCUCAAUAAGAUCUGUCUCUUCGGCGCGCGCCACUGCUUCCACACGCAGUCCGCCGAGGCUGGCGCGUCCUACUGCUACGCUGCUGUUCUAGCAUACACCGUGUCCGUGAGCAUCCAGCGCGCGCGUCUGGGCGAGCACGGCCACGCGACGCACUUGCUGCCAGUCAAGCGCAUGCGCUGGUUCCCGACGUUUCUAAGUUUUGCGUACUUUAGCCGCAUUGCGUGGCUCGUACUUAGCAACAUGCACAUGUUUCAAUGGGUCGAAGGCCCGACCCCGCCGUUUCGUUUCGAACAUAUGGUGUUCGUCACGCCACUUUUGCCGACUGAUAUUGACAUUUACGUCUUGGGCGUCACGUCUUUUGGCAAAUUAGCGACUUUGCUCUAUUUUUCCGCAUUUACGCUCUUGCUGCGGUUCUGGGAAGAAGUGCGUGUCCAAGCCCAGCGAGCUGAGAAACCGCUCGCCAGAGUGGCAGCCAAUGAGUCGGUCAUUGCCGAGUACACGCGUGGAGCUGGAGCUCAGCGCUCUGGUCGGUCGCGGAAGCUUUUUCUCGUUGCCAACGUGUGGAUUUAUCUUGUCGAGUGCGCUCUAUUGGUCCUCAAGACCCUCUUUCCAAGCCAGAAGAUGGUGCUCUCGGAGAUUGACUAUGGCUUUGUGGCCCUGUGUUUCUUCUUGCUGGCAGUGAUGCUCGCUAGAUGUGCCCUGCAGCUACGCACGGUCUUGCGCAAGAUCGAGUUCUCUGUCCUGGCUGCUACCAUUGCUACAAGACUGUCGCUCAUUGGCAUUGUGACGUCGCUACUGUUUUUCUACCGCAGUUUGCUCCUGCUCUUUUCCAUGCCGGCUAUCGACGUCUUUGACCCGCAUGUGGCCAAUCCGUGGCUGUUUUACGCCAUUCCGGAGCUCAUCCCAGGAGCAUUGGUCAUCUACAUGAUGAACGUCAAGCGACGACAACAGCUAACUCCACCGGCGUGGGGGAUCACCAAGGCAGACGAGCAAACGCCGCUACUGCAGGAACUACAAAGACUGUCAGACGAUUUACCGCAGUUCCGUGGUCAGGAACUGCACAUAUGA